CAAAUGAUGAUGAUUAUUAUUAUUAUUAUUUAUUUUCUGCCGCGCCACUUGCGGCUUGCUGUUAAGAAAGAGUGGCUGUGAUCUGUAUCUUCAACAAACACCUCUCAGCAUUUGCAACAAAGAAGCAGCUCAUCCUGCGAUUCCCUACCAAGCGCUUUGUAAAAAUGGCUCAUUCUGCAGUAGAUGAGACAUCAGAUUCUGGUGCUUUCACCAGAACCGCUUCAACAUUCCGUAAUUUUAUUUCACGUAGUCCAGAAUCACAAUUUCCAGCAGAAGUUGGAAGGUAUCAUCUGUACAUAUCAUAUGCUUGCCCAUGGGCUUCCAGGUGCAUUGCAUAUUUGAAGAUCAAAGGACUUGACAAGGCCAUUAGUUUCACGUCAGUCAAAUCAAAGUGGGAAAGAACAAAGGAAACUGAUGAGCAUAUGGGAUGGGUUUUCCCUGCUUCAGAGACGGAAGAACCAGGAGCUGAGCCUGACCCUUUGAAUGGAGCUAAAAGUAUUAGAGAACUUUAUGACCUUGCUAGUACAAACUACUCUGGAAAGUACACGGUUCCUGUACUAUGGGAUAAAAAACUCAAAACAGUUGUCAACAAUGAGAGUUCGGAGAUAAUCCGGAUGUUUAAUUCUGAAUUCAAUGAUAUAGCAGAUAAUGCAGCUUUGGACCUUUAUCCUCCUCCCUUGCAAGCCCAAAUUGAUGAGACUAACGAAUGGAUAUACCAUGGAAUAAAUAAUGGUGUCUAUAAAUGUGGGUUUGCAAGGAAGCAAGGUCCUUACGAAGAGGCUGUAAACCAGUUGUAUGAAGCUUUGGAGAAAUGUGAAGAGGUACUUGGCAAGCAACGGUACAUAUGCGGGAAUACACUGACUGAAGCAGAUAUUCGAUUGUUUGUCACCCUCAUAAGAUUUGAUGAGGUUUAUAAUGUCCACUUCAAGUGUAACAAGAAACUGCUACGUGAGUACCCAAAUCUGUUCAAUUACACCAAGGACAUUUUUCAAUUCCCUGGCAUCAGUAGUACAGUAAACAUGCAACACAUCAAGCGGCAUUACUAUGGAAGCCAUCCCACUAUUAAUCCCUUCGGCAUCAUUCCUGCUGGCCCAGAUAUUGACUACUCUACUCCUCAUGACAGAGAGAAGUUUUCUUCGUAGAUUGUGUGGGAUUGCUGACAAUAAGGGGCAAUGUUUAUAUCUUGAAGUCAUAAGAUUUUAACUUGAGAUGAACGUCUCAAGGCUUUAUCUAUCCCGCUGGAAUAUGGAUUCUUGGGAAAAUGCGUGCACAAAUAAUUUUAAAUGAGCGAGAUGAUGUUUGACUUA